AUGUCCAGAGACCAAACCAGGUAUGUAUCAACAGAUGUGGAUAGCAGUGCUGUCGAUGAAGUGGACAAAGGCUCAGCAUAUCUCAGUCUGUGUUCUAUAGAAUCCCAUUAUACGUGUGGAGUAUGGUACAUCACACACAGAAACAAUGGCGUGUUAGAUGUGACAACUAGGGACAUCACACACAGAAACAAUGGCGUGUUAGAUGUGACAACUAGGGACAUCAAACAUAGAAACAAUGGCGUGUUAGAUGUGACAACUAGGGACAUCAAACAUAGAAACAAUGGCGUGUUAGAUGUGACAACUAGGGACAUCAAACAUAGAAACAAUGGCGUGUUAGAUGUGACAACUAGGGACAUCAAACAUAGAAACAAUGGCGUGUUGUUAGAUGUUACAACUAGUGACAUCAAACAUAGAAACAAUGGCGUGUUGUUAGAUGUUACAACUAGUGACAUCAUACACGGAAACAAUGGCGUGUUGUUAGAUGUUACAACUAGUGACAUCAAACAUAGAAACAAUGGCGUGUUGUUAGAUGUUACAACUAGUGACAUCAAACAUAGAAACAAUGGCGUGUUAGAUGUGACAACUAGGGACAUCAAACAUAGAAACAAUGGCGUGUUGUUAGAUGUUACAACUAGUGACAUCAAACAUAGAAACAAUGGCGUGUUGUUAGAUGUUACAACUAGUGACAUCAUACACGGAAACAAUGGCGUGUUGUUAGAUGUUACAACUAGUGACAUCAAACAUAGAAACAAUGGCGUGUUGUUAGAUGUUACAACUAGUGACAUCAUACACGGAAACAAUGGCGGGUUGUUAGAUGUGACAACUAGUGACAUCAAACACAGAAACAAUGGUGUGUUGUAA